GCAUUUGAUUUGUAACACUCUGAACAUACAGAUACAGCACACACAUCUCCAACACGCUUUAGCUAAAGCAUUAAGAAUGAAGUUCAGAGUAGCAGUUCUUCUGCUUCUGUACAAAUGUCUUGUAUUCGCUCCGAAUAUCAUAUUCGCGACAGAACCUGCAGUCUCAGGAUUGCCUUGUCCUUUGAAAACAUGCACAGAUGUACUGAAGGAACUAAAAGAUCUGGAAAUCAGACUUGCUAAAAGUGAAGCUCAGAUUGAGGAAAUCAAAAAGGAAAAACAAGAUCUGGAAAUCAGACUUGCUAAAAGUGAAAAUCAGACUGAGGAAAUCAAACAAGAUCUGGAAAUCAGACUGGCUAAGAGUGAAGCUCAGAUUGAGGAAAUCAAAAAGGAAAAACAAGACAUUGUUCCCAGGACCAGGAAUGACUUCCUAAAAUAUUCCUGUCAGCUCACUCUAGAUCUGAACACAGUGAAUAAAUACUUCUGUCUGUCUGAGAACAACACAGUGAUUACUGGCACUAACAUACUGCUGUUGUAUCCUGAUCAUCCAGACAGAUUUGAGUAUCAUCCUCAGGUGUUGUGUAGAGAGAGUGUGAGUGAUCGACGCUGUUACUGGGAGAUUGAGUGGAGUGGGAUUAAUGGUGUGUAUAUAUCAGUGUCAUAUAAGAGCAUCUGCAGGAAGGGAGGGGGUGAUGAGUGUGAGUUUGGAAAUAAUGAUCAGUCCUGGAGUUUGAUCUGCUCUCCCGAAAGUUACUCAUUCAGACACAAUAAGAUAGAGACUGAUCUCACUGUAAAGUCCAUCAUCAGUAGAACAGGAGACUAUGGGAAGAAACACUAUAGGGUAGGAGUGUAUGUGGAUCACAGUGCAGGAACUCUGUCCUUCUACAGCGUCUCUGGAGACACAAUGAUCCUCAUCCACACAGUCCAGACCACAUUCACUCAACCACUCUAUCCUGGGUUUAGGAUUGAUUAUGGAUCAUCAGUGAAACUGUGUUGA